GUGGAGGAGGAAGCAUGCUGGCCGUCCGCUGUGCGCUGCUCACCGCCUUGCUGGCCGCGCCUGGCGCUGCACUGGCCCUAGGGGGCUGCCCCACGCUGGAGGUGGAGAGCGAUGUGCUGACCAGCCAGCCUGGAGCCAGUGUUACCCUGACCUGUCCAGGUGCGGAACCGGGAGACAAUGCUACGGUUCACUGGGUGCUCUGGAACCAGGCUGCAGGCUCCAACCACGCCAGGCGGGCUGGUUUGGGAAGGCGGCUGCUCCUGAGGUCCGUGCAGCUCAGUGACUCUGGAAACUAUUCGUGCUACCAGGAUGGCCACCUCGUCGGAACUGUGCGCCUGUUGGUGGACGUUCCUCCGGAGGAGCCUCAGCUCUCCUGCUUCCGGAAGAGCCCCAUCAGCACCGUCUGCUGUGAGUGGAGCCCUCAGAGCCUCACCUCGGCCAGGACCAAGGCUACGCUGUUGGUGAAGAAGUUUCAGCACGGCCCCAUGGAAGACUCCCAGGAGCCGUGCCAGUAUUCUCAGGAGUCCCAGAAGUUCUCCUGCCAGCUGGCAGUCCCAGAGGGAGACAGCUCUUUCUACGCAGUGGCCCUGUGCGUCGCCAGCAGUGCUGGGAGCAAGUCCAGCAGGACCCAAACGUUUAACGGCUACGGAAUCUUGCAGCCUGACCCACCUGUCAACAUCACAGUCACCGCUGUAGACAGAAAUCCCCGCUGGCUCAGUGUCACCUGGCAAGACCCCCCCUCCUGGAAUUCAUAUUUCUAUAGACUCCAGUUUGAGCUCCGAUACCGGGCUGAACGGUCAGAGACAUUCACAACGUGGAUGGUCAAGGAGCCCCAGCAUCACUGCAUCAUUCGUGAUGCCUGGAGUGGCAUGAAGCACGUGGUGCAGCUGCGAGCCCAGGAGGAGUUUGGGAAUGGCCUGUGGAGCGAGUGGAGCCAGGAGGUCAUGGGCACCCCUUGGACAGAAUCCAUGAGUGUUUCAACUGAGACCAAGGGGGAGGUGUCCCCCUCCGUGCAGGCACAUACUACUAAUGAAGACAAUGAAUAUACUCUCCCCGAUUAUUCUGCAAAUACAACAAGCUUCCCAGAUCAAGUUUCUCCAGUACCUCUGUACACCUUCCUGGUGGCUGGAGGAAGCCUGGCCUUCGCAUCGCUCCUCUGCAUUUGCAUUGUCCUGAGGUUAAAGAAAACGUGGAAGCUGCAGGCUCUGAAAGAAGGCAAGGCGAGCAUGCACCCACCCUAUUCUUUGGGACAGCUUGUCCCUGAGAGGCCCAAGCCCACCCCCGUGCUUGUUCCCCUCAUCUCCCCACCAGCGUCCCCCAGCAGCUUUGGAUCGGACAAUACCUCGAGGCACAGCCGACCAGAUGCCGGAGGACCACAGAGCCCUUAUGACAUCAGCAACAGAGACUACUUCUUCCCCCAGUAGCUGGCUGGUGGUCCUGGCAGGCUGGAGUGGCAGACCUGCCGCCCUGUGUGGAUGACAAAGCACAGCUGGCUUCUGGCCAUCAUCUCAGCUCAUCUCAGGUACGUGGGGCCUCGGGCUUCACUGUUACAGAGGGGCCUCUCAGGAGGCCAGUCUGGGUGCACACGGGUUUGCUGCGCCUGCUCAGAAGGAGGAGGUGGGCGCGUUUUUGAACCACUCUUCCCUGAAGCCUUGCUUAACGGCCCUGGGCAGAGAGCGGUGUCAAGAGUCCACUGGACACUCAGGUGGGCAAAGCCGGGUGCUGCAGAGGCCUCGGACCCUGGACUUCGUGUGGACAAGCUGCCGGCUGCUUGCACACCUGACACAGCUCCGCAAGCUGCACCCUCAGGACGUGGGGUGGAUUUCCAGCCAAAGAGCCCGCCCCGCCGCCUGUCUCCUGGCCCACUGCACCGUUUCAUCUUCUAGCUCAAGCUCUUGAAACCCAAGUGCCUUCAAAAUUCAAUUUUCCUAGGCGUGAGGAAGGCUUGUCCUCAGUCUCCCAGGCUGGGGAGGCUGUCCACUGCCUUUCUCCCCACGCUGGGAAGACAGCUGACUGACGGCGAAGGUAGAUGCUGUCUCAGGACCAGGUGCUUUGAAGCGGAGUUGCAAUUAGUUCCUCAUUAGCAUUUUGCUAAAUGUGAAAGCUUAACCCUAGGCACCUGCUGAAUCCAGAAGCACCUGCUGGGACUUAGUUUCCCUCUCUGGAUCCCAGGACUCGGGAGGAGAGAAGCAGAAGAAGUAGGAAUGUGGGGACAGGCUCUCUACUCAUAAUAACGGAGCCGAGUGACACGGAGCCUCUGGAAACCCAUCUUCUCCUUCCUCCUGUCCCCCGCCCCCCCAAAAGGAGAACUGGCAUGGGGGAGGGCUCCUGUCAUUGGUGAGAUCGAAAUGUUUGACUCCAGCCUUGUUUACUUUGUUUUCACCUGAGCCUGAAUAAGGAGGGAAGACAACAUUUAUGUGAAAAGACAGAAGAAAAGACGGCAAGAAUGUAUUUUAAUUUGUUUUUUAAAGAACUGCUGACUUUUUUCUUGAGAGGGGGGAAGAGCCCGUAUUAGCUGAGGUUCAGUAUAUAAAGAACUUGGGGGAGAAGCACAAUCAUUUUGUUUGGCACAAAACUGAGUCAAGUGAAAAAGGAGGAGGAGAAAACAUUAUUUUCCCCGAUUAGAGAAGACACUCUGGUUUCAUUCUAAAUUUUGUUUUUGUCUUAAAAAGUGAAAAAAAAAAAAAAAGCCUGCUUCUCUAAUUUAGGGGAAAAAACAGCUUGUUACUGCUCCCCCUAGCGGCUGUGAAGGACAGUGUCCUGCUUUUGGUGGUGAUGCUGGGAAGCUGGCCUCCCAAGACUACCAAGCAGGGUCAGGUGAAAAUGCCACCCCUGAUAGCCAUGAAGCCCGGUUAUCAGAGGGAGGGAGAUUCAGAAAAAAAAUCCCCUUAGUGCCUUCCUCUUUUUAUUUAGUUCCUUGAAUUUGAUUCAGUUCAGCUAGUAUUGAAGCUCCAGAUAACCCUCUAGCUGUGACUUGGAGAUGAACCCACUUCAGCUCACUUUUCUGUCUGGGCUUUGAAAAUUCAGUGAUGAGAGUGGUUAGCCAGACAAGUACUCUCAAGUUAUCAUGGGGUGUCCCAAAAUGAAGCUGUGAUUAAAAUCAGUUGUGUAACCAUGGUCUAGAAAUUUACCAGACCACAAGCUUUUCUAGUAGUCUACCUUUUAGAAAAACAACCACUAGCACCAGACAGGUGGCAAAGGGUGAAUGAAGAUGACCGUGUUUUACUUACUCUUUGCUGGGUUCACACUGUUACUAUCUUGGGCAAGUAGUGAUUUUCAUUGCUGGCUUUGUCAAGUUUCAGGCCCUGUUGCUGCUUUAGGCAACUCUCUUAAGUUGACAGAAGCCAGGCAGGUGGUGGUAUUUUUUUUUUUUUUUUCUUCUUCUUCUUCUUCUAUAGUUUCUUUGAGAACAGCAAAAAUGCUGUGACAGGGAAAUAUAAAAAAUGAGACUCUGCAUGAGAAAGGGUGAUUCUGCCCACGGUUCUUAACUCUUUAUGAGGUUUUAACCACAUGUGGUAUUACCAGCGCCCGGAGGAGACGUGCUAGUGGAAGAUGUGAAAUCCAGAUAGCUCAUGAUCCCUGACAGCUAGGCAGCUUUGAUCUCCAAAUUGUUAUUGCUUUCAUUAUUAUUGUAACGGAACUGCUUUUUUUUUUUUUUUUGUAUUGAAGAGGGUUUUUUUUCCCCUUUACAUUUUUAUAAGCUAGUGUAAAUGAAGGAAAAUAUUUGUCUUCUCUGGGUAGUGGGCUUUGCUCGUUGUACACAGGUAUACACCCUAAGCUUUCUCUGUCCUUGAAUCUAUGGUCAGUGACCCUGUGUUUCAACCCACAGGUCAUUCUUACCUGUGUUUCUACCCACAGGUCAUUCUUACCUGUGUUUCUGCAGCUCAUGCUGCCUUUUAUCCUCAACAAUGAUGUACUCACCUCAUACGUGUAUCAGUCUGCCACAGAGCCAGAUGUGAAAUGUUGGGAUGGUGACAGUUUAUAUUUAACAUGACAACCUAUCCUGCUGGGUUGGAGAAGUUAAAAAAAUAUGCUGGUUAAAGGUCUAAACUAAAGUGGUCAUUAAUUCUUGUAGCAUUAAUAAACUAUGUUUUCAAAUGUCAAGGGGGUAGCAGUGGCUGUGUCUACGAAGCCACUGGUAACUCAAGAGAGCCCUUUGCUCCGAUGGAGCCUGAGCCCCCCUGUGGUUUCUGCCAGGCACUGGGUCACUCUGUCCUCUUCAUUUCCUGCUCUCCUGGGGAGAGGGGUUGUGGGGAGAAAGCACCAUUCCAAGACGUGGAAUCUGCUGCUGGGACGGGGCUGGGAGCUCACCUGGUGGUGAGCAGAGCCCAGUGGAGCAUGGAAGAGUGGUCAUGGUUUGUGGGUUUCCUGUAGAAUGUUCAGGAAUGUCUUGCCCUGCUGCUUUGGUGCUGAGCUAUAGUGCCUCCUCUAAGGUUGACUCAGCUGGGGAGGAGUCUGGCAUCCAGCUCCAGGUGGAGCUGGUGAGAAAUUUAUCUUAAUCUGGAGAAGCAGGGGCAACUGUUGGUCUUCAGACCACGAGCACGGGACUCGGCUUUCCCAUGUGGGCGGUGGGGCUGUGGCUGGGAGGCCAGCUGGCUCGGGUUCUGCGCCGGGCACUCCUGAGCGCCCCCUAAAGGUCCUUCCAGCAUCAUAGCCUCUGUGUGGCCCGGUGCAUUUCUAUGGCAUCCUUACUGAUUUUUUUUAAUUUGCUAAUUUUUAUUUUAUUUUUUUCCAUUAUGGUUGACAUUCAAUAUUAUUUUGCCACCUUAAUAAUUAUUAAGGAACAUUGUCAGUUUUAUGAAUGUAGGCUCAAACGAAGGUCUGCUUUAAAGGAAAGGCUUGGGACAGCAUACAGCAAGAGUGUUAAUUCAGAGAGAAACCAUUUUUAGGUGGAGAGCACACAUCUGUUAAAUAAAUACCUCAACUUUUUCUUUUGGAGAGAAAUAAUAGCUUUAAGUUUGUUUUUAUUUUUUUACCUAAUUACCUAUAAGCAAAUACCAAAUGCUGAUGUCUGUAUAUGGGGCAAAGGGUCAGUAUAAUGUGUUGUUCAAUGUUUUUUUCUUUCUUUCUUUUUAUCAGCUAUUUUGCAUUUAAAGUGAAAUUUGUAAGUGAAAUAAAUAAUUUCUAAAACUACGCUUGAGAUGUAAUUAUGCUUUGGGCACCUGGGUCAUUUAAAGGAAAUAUUUGCCUGAUUAGUGAGGGGAAAAGAGGGAGGAAAGAUGGGUUUAAAGUUAAGUGGGACCAUUUUGGAGUGGACCUCCCCUUAAUGCAGGAUGCUAUUACCUUUGGAUAAAAUCAGAUUAGUUUAAGAAAUAAGUAGCAGUUUCUCAAAAGACACUAGUUAUGAAAGUAUUUCCCAAAGUGAGCCCUGGGGUUUCUGGAAGGGGUGUGGGUGUCUCUGCCAUGUUUACCAGCACCACCGGCUGACGGACCUGUGGGGAAGGAAAAGGAAGGGCCGUUAUUCACCAGGAGACUGUUUAUUGGACUGGGGGGUGUUAACAGAUCACAAAGGCAACCCUGCACUCUUGAUCAUCAGAUAGCCUAUAUCAGCCCCCUGUGGUGAAGGGUCUUGGUAGCACAAACUUGGACCACAGCCAUCCUACAUGUUCUAGACAGAGGAAAGCCAUCGUGAGGCUGCUCUGUGGAUAAGAGUAACUGUGUAAACAGCUCGGGGCUCAGGAGGAGGACACUGCAGGGAAGCCUGGAAAUUGUGUAACUCAGACUGAAAGUUGAAGUGUGAGGCCCCACUGUGCGCCUCCCAACCCCAUCUCGGGGAGAGGAAAGCUGUAGGGCUGAACCUACAUGCUGUCUCUUUGGGGAUCUUUUUUGAGGUUGGUCUCUGUCUUGCAGAAAGGGAACAGGAAACAGAUGUCCCCCGUGGUGGCCAGGCUGCGUGGGCCAUGCACCGGGUUGCAGGAGUGGGCACAGGGAGCAGGAAAUGGAAGGAGGAGCCUCCCUCUUCCCUACAGCAUCACUGUCAGGGUGACAUGGUUACAGUGCUGUUUCCAGAGGAAUUUGGGAGAGCAGAUGGUGAUUAUUGUAGAGGAUGGUAAGGAACACUCAGUUAUUGGAGCCGCUUAGGAA